AGCAUGGAUUUAUCAGCUCCGGCGACAAAUCCUUAAAACAGGUUACGAUUUCUCGUUCUUCCAUUUGUCCGAAUACCUCCGCUUCCGCUCUCGGUCUCUCUCCUCUCUCUCUCCCUGCCUUCUCUUUUCUGUGGCUCGGCUUUUUUCUUCAUGGUGGAAGCAAUAGAGGUAGUCGAUCGAGGCUUCCCAGGGCUUUCAUUCAGGAUCUAGGAUCUGCAAUUGGAGGACGGGGCGUCUUGAUGAACGAUUCCAAGGCGAUGGAUCUGGAGAAGACGGAGUUCUCGUCGGACGGAAAGGGAGCAGCGGCGGCCCCCGCCUGCUCGAUUUGCCUCGAGCUGGUACUGGAUCAGGGGAGGAGAUCCACCGCUAAGCUCCAAUGCGGGCAUGAGUUCCAUCUAGAUUGUAUUGGAUCUGCAUUUAAUGCAAAAGGAGCAAUGCAAUGUCCAAAUUGUCGCAAAGUUGAGAAAGGCCGGUGGCUUUAUGCAAAUGGCAACCGUUCGUCUGCUGAUUUUGAUAUUGAUGGAUGGGUGACUGAGGACAUAUACGAUCUUGGUUACUCUGAGCUGCCAUUUGGAUUUCAGUUGUUGCCUUUCCGUGGAUUUACUCAACUGGCAUCACUAUUUGAGGAGGCUGAAUCAAUGCCGAGUUCGUAUCAUGAGUUCAUGAGUAAUUCAAUGUUCCGAGACCAUUCAAAUUCUUCAAGUAGCUCACAUAUCUGCCCAUACUUGGCCCUACAUGGCUUUCCUAAUGCUAUGCGUGCUGCACCAUUGAGUUCUGCUGAUUCCAUUCCUGAAAACGGCCUAUUUCAUCAACAUCCGAGUAGCUUAGGAGGACAGUCAUCUUCUGAUAUGAUGAACUCCCACAGUUUUCCUUCAACUGAACCACAAAGCCACAAUUGGCAGCAGCAGCACUCUCCUUCCUUUCCUUUGUCAGGAAAUGUGGAUCAGUCUGCAUCUCAAUAUGGUGUAAGGAUGGCCAGAAAUGAUACCAGCAACCAGCAUAGAUUAGGCUCCUUUGUGCAUCCCCAUCAUCUCAUCCAUGGGUCUGUUGCACGCAAUGGAAGCAAUUUAGUCGGGUCACUAGGCCCACCAGUUACAGGAGAGAUUAGGGGUCACAAUGGUGGUCUUGGCAGUCACAUGUAUCAUCCAUCCUUGUAUUCCUCAUCACUCCGGAGCUCCCCUUUUGCUCCCAUCAGGAGGAUGAGACCAAGGGGAUUAACUCUUGUUUCCUCCAUUGCAGCUCCUUCCUCAGCUGAAGUAGGGGGUUUCUAUGGCUUCUCAGUCUCGGGAUCUGUAAACAGAAACCACCAAGAAGGUGAGAGCAUAGGCAGACAUGUCGAUCGAUUUUAUGGAUGGGGUAGAGAGGGCAUCAGCCCACUCCCAUGGAUUCCUAUUGAGGGUGAAUCACAUUGGUGGAGCCCUUUCAACCCAAACCAGAACCCUCAGUCAGGAAACUAUACUCAAAGAGCUACAGCGGAGAGGUCUACACCAAACUGUCCAGAAAAUGGAUACCAGCACAGGCCUCCUCCAAGGUUGCCGCCAUACAUGUGAGAGGCAUCACUGCAUAACAUACUUGAAGACAAGCUGUGCCUUGGUUUUGUACAUUCCCCAUAUUGCACAAAACUCUGUUUUGAACAAAGGAGACACUGGUGCUUCUGAGGUUUCCUCCUGCAUGGCCCUUUUACCUGGUGUUGGGCUGUUCGUUCUGUUGGUUUUGCUCAUGAAUGAUAUAUAUAUAAGUUGCCAAAACAAUGCUGAAAACAAGAUCUUAGGGUGUUGCUUCACUUUUGUUAAACAUAAAUCCCUACCCUUAAGCCUGGUGCUGGUAUUCAUCUGAAAUACUUGUUCCAUAA